AUGUCUCGCGCCAAGUCUAGUGAUGUAUUUCUUUUUGGUUUAAUUUGUGGGUUUGUUUUAUCAGCACCAACAUUCCUAUUAGCAUGUAAAUAUUUCAAACAAUCUCCAUUACUAAUUUGUCCAGUGACGAGUGCAUCUUUGGGUUUUUUCUUUAGUGCUGCCUAUCAAUGGGAAUGGGGAAUCGGAUGGCCAACUGGAUUGGGAUGUACAUGUGCAAUUACAUUGAAUAGUUUGGGUAUGAUGAUGUUUACUUCGGAUGAUGAAUUUGGAGAAUGGAUUUCUCUGAUUGCAUAUACUGUUGCUAGUGGAUUGAUUGGAAGUUGGUGUGGAGCUCAAUCACAAUAA